AUGUAUUUGUAUUAUGUAUUAUUUUUGAAUAUACUCUAUCGUAUUUUGAUCCAUCAGAAUUAGAUGAUUAAUAACUAAGGAUUGAUUUAGAAACUGGAGUAUUAUUUUCAAUUGUAUAUAUAAAUUACCCAUCUGAAGGGAAUGAUGGUCCAUAAAGAAUAUAAAAGCCAAUUGUAAUACUAUGAUGUGGAUCAAUGA